UGGUAAAUUAGAUUGUGUCCUCUCGACGAAGCCAAACAAAUCACGAGUGCUUCUUCUCUCGCUCUCUCAAAUGGUCACCUUCCGCAAUAUUCAUUCCCCAUCCAAAGCAAGAGUCCUCCAUGCAAAAGCCCAUUUCCCUGUUUCUCAAUCCUUCCUUUGAUGAGGACUGUCCCUAAACUAAUUCUUCCGCCUAUAGCUUGUUCUAAUCAGGUCCCCGGGAAGAGGACGGAUUUUUUUGGUGCCUCGUUCCUCCUUAUUCGCUGCUAAUUCCAGUCAUAGAGCGAUAUUCGCCCUGAACAACUAGAAAACGAAAAGAAUGCAACAUAAUCACCUUCAGGCACCUCCUGUACCUGCUGCUGACAUCGGAUCCACGCUAUCACAGCUCAUAAUCACCAGUGGCACCAACACCUUAGAUUCGAUUUUCUCCUUUUGUGCCCCCAUGGCACCUUCCUCAGGUGCUCCUCCUAAUCCCGAGCAGCUCGGUUCCUCUGUUUACCUCCUGCAGAGAGACCUCCUUCGCAAGUUCUGUGAAAAUAACAGACAGAGCAAUGCAUGGUCUAGUAUUUCCUGUUUGGCAGCAUCCCCGCCUCAGACCUCAGUCUGUUCAAGCACUUACAUGCAGAGUGGUCAUGGUCCCCACAAGAAGAAGCUCUACCGGGGAGUGAGGCAGAGGCAAUGGGGCAAGUGGGUGGCUGAGAUUAGGCUGCCCCAGAACAGGAUGAGGGUCUGGUUGGGAACUUACGACACGGCCGAAGCCGCUGCUUAUGCUUAUGACAGGGCUGCAUACAAGCUACGGGGAGAGUAUGCACGACUUAACUUCCCAAACCUUAAGGACCUGAGCAAGGUUGGGUUCACUGAUUGCUCGAGAUUGAACGCUCUCAAGGGCUCUGUGGAUGCUAAGAUUCAAGCUAUUUGUCAGAAGGUGAGGAGGGAGAGGGCAAAAAAAGGUGCUAAAACCAAUGGUACGAGCAGCAAGGAUGAGAGUAACAGAGCUACAAAGAUCAAGGCUUCAUCCUCAUCCUCUACAACACAGCAAACAGUUUUUAAUGAGGAUUGGGGAAGUGAGUUGAUGGCCGAGUCUAUAUCAGAAGAUGAGUUCUGGAGGAGUGCUAAUUCACCUGGUUCAGUAUCUGUUGAUUGUCCAACGGUGAUGGGGGAAGAAACAGGACCCGAAGGCUGCUCGCUUGCAAAAAUGCCAUCUUUCGAUCCCGAGUUGAUUUGGGAAGUUAUUGCAAAUUAAGGCUGAUAAAUCUACCAAGCAUCAGAACUCUAAACUGUUUCUGAAGCUUCUCCUUCAAGGCAUUUCUCAACUACUUGUUAGGUGGGGCAAAGUACACAAGACAGACCUUUAGUGAACAUUCAGGAUGCUAUCUUGUUUACACUGAAACUACCUUCUUCAUAUUUCUUUUUCCUUUUAUUUUUCCCCUAUCAAGCUAAAUUAAGGGCAUUAAAGUCAUAUCUUUAUCGUAUCUAAUUCAUACUGCUAGUUCUAAGAUUACCGUAAGAAUGUUCUUGUUAUUAAUAAAUUCCAAAUUUAUGGGGAGGGUCCUGUGCUACAAA